AUGUUUAUGGGGAUGGCAGGGAGAGCCUUUCUGCAGGUGCUCAGCCUCGAGGUGCUUCUGGCCCCGGCUGGCUGCCUCCAGCUCCGGCCAGGUUGGCGCUUUGCUUCCUAUGAAGUGGUGAUUCCCUGGAAGGUGCCUCCCCAAACGGGUGUCUCCGAGGCCUCAGGGAAGCAGACAUACAUUCUGUAUAUCGAAGGUCAGAAACGAGUGGUGCAUCUGAAAGUUAGGAAGCUCUGGAUUCCCCGACAUCUCCCUGUGUUCACCUAUAACGAUCAGGAAGUUCUCACAGUGGAUCUGCCCUUCAUCCCGGAUGAUUGCCAUUAUCAAGGUGUUGUGGAAAGCAUCCCAGAGUCCAUGGUGGCCCUUAGCACCUGUUCUGGAGGCCUCCGUGGGAUGCUGAAAUUGGAGAAUCUCACCUAUGAAAUUGAGCCCCUCUCCACCACAAUCACUUUUCAGCACUUAAUAUAUCGUUUGGAAGAAGUGAAGGACAGCGGACUUAAAAUGAAAUGUGCCACAACUGAUGAGGAACUCAGUGAUCACAAUUUUCAAGGACUGUCAGACAUAAUACCAAAAACUCUAACCAAAGAGGACACUUGGUCACACACUAGAUUUGUGGAGCUGGCUGUAGUAGUAGACCAUGAACGAUUUAUCUUCUUAAAUCAAAACAAAACAAAAGUAGUGGAGCAAGUUUUAAAUAUAGUUCAUAUAGCUGACAUCCUGUAUGACCCCUUGAAAAUUCAUGUAUUUUUGGUAGGCCUAGAAAUAUGGACUCAGGGAAAUCUAAUUGACAUCAUAGGUCCUAUGGGGACAGUUGCUUUGGAUUUUCAGAUGUGGCAACAGAAGACUCUUCCAGGACGCUUACAGUAUGACACAGCACAUUUAAUUGUCUUCAAUUCAUAUGGGAUCUACUUAGGUUUAGGCUAUGUAGGAAACAUUUGUAGUGAAAAUCAUGCCAUAGCUCUUCUCUCUUUCACUGAUAACAACUUAAUUUUAUUUGCUGCACUUUUUGCUCAUGAACUCGGUCAUAACCUGGGUAUGCAUCAUGAUGUGGAGACUUGUUCUUGUAAAGGGAAUAACUGUAUCAUGAAUGCAAACAUAUUUAAGUUAGAAACCUUCAGUAACUGUAGUUAUAAUUACCUUUACAAACAAUUGAACAGUGAUGGACAUUGUUUGGCUGACCACCCAGAAGAACAACAAGUCUACUUUUUAAGGCAUUGUGGUAAUAGGGUGGUGGAAAAAGGAGAACAAUGUGACUGUGGAUCAGAAAAGGAUUGUAAACAAGAUCACUGUUGCCAAUCCAAUUGUAGAUUGUCUCCUGGAGCUAACUGUGCCUUAGGUCAUUGUUGUAAGGACUGUAAAGUUGUUGCAGCAGGACAAUUAUGUAGAGCUCAGAUUAGCAACUGUGACCUUCCAGAGUACUGCAAUGGAGUUUCCCCAUGGUGCCCAGCAGACACAUAUGUGCUAAAUGGAAGCCCAUGUGGAGACGGAGCCUUCUGUUAUGAGAAAUAUUGCCGAGGCCUUGACCAACAAUGCAAAAGUAUGUUUGGCCGAAAGGCAAAAAGUGGUUCCUUAAAAUGUUUCAGGGAAAUAAAUAUGGAAGGAGACCGUUUGGGUAACUGUGGAUUUUUUGGAGACAAAUAUAUGAAAUGUGCUGAAGAUCAUAUUUUAUGUGGAAGACUACUAUGUGAAAAUGUAACAGAAAUCCCUGUUAUGAAGGAUUUUGUCAGUAUCUUUCAGAUAAAUGUCGAUGGUACCACCUGCUGGGGGAUGGAUUAUCACUUUGGGAGGAGAGGUACUGAUUUUGGUGAAGUGAAAGAUGGAACAAGGUGUGGACCAAAGAAAAUGUGUAAGAACAAGAAAUGUGUUAAUAUUCCAGAAGAAAAGAAUGAAUGUAAUGCAACAAAAUGUCAUGGCAGAGGUCUGUGCAAUCAUAACCAGAAUUGCCAUUGUCUAUAUGGAUGGAAUCCUCCCUAUUGUAAUUUUAGAGGCUAUGGGGGAAGUAUUGACAGUGGACCUGCACCCAAAAAAAAAUUCAACAAACUCUUGAUUCUUUACAUUGGAAUAACUUCCAUUUUUCUUAUUCUUACAACUACAUUCUUGAUAUAUUUUGAAUCCUCAAUCAGGGCGAUGUUAUUUAGUAGAGUCCAACUAAGAGCAACUGAUUCAUCAAUGAAAAUAUAAACAAUGAGGACUUCACUGUAAUAAUUUAUUUUAAAAAUGUUGAUUUGAA